GAAUCAAAAGCCAGGGGCCUCGGAAUUGUUAUCAAAAAGUUCUAGUAAUGAAAGCUGAUGUGGUCCAUUGUAUUGAUAUAUUAGCCAUUUUACUGUGCAUCAACAUGCUUCAGUUGGAAAAAUGAAUGUUGAGUAAGAUUAUUGAAUUGAAAAGUUGUUUGUUGUGUUUAAUUUUUCACAAUGGCUAGCAGGUCACAAAGGUUGUUGAAAAGGCCUUUUAGAAUUAUGAAAGCUGAUUUGUUGUGAUAGUAGUGUUAUGGAUAAGCUAUGAAAAAUGGGGUGGAGUUUAACAUUCUCCCUUAUAUUGCUGGAAUGCAUCCACUCUGCCCUGGCUUACCCCCUACCACAAAAUGAGCUGGAUCGGGGAGGCAGGCGGAGUGGGAGUGAGGAGUAUAUGGGAGUUGUUAUAGGCGCCGCGACAAUCCUCUGCAGCAUCACCAUUCUCCUGGCGUGUGUCUGCUGCAAACGCUCAGGAUUCAAGCGUACCGAUUCAGGACGGCAGGAAUUAGAUUCGGUGUCUUCCCGUGUGGCCGGCGGCAGCACCAGCACCAUCAACCAGCAUGGCCCUCAGGAGGAGUUCACGAUGUUCCCCCCUCCGGGGAUAUCGCAGCUUUCGAUGUCCUCCACGCACAUUAAUUUCGAGCCCUUACCAGACAUCCGGCCUCGUUCAGGCUCUCGGCGAGAUCAGAGGAUCACGGAUAAGACGUUACCUGCGUCUUUCCCCAACCAGGUGUUGGCUGGCCUACCCACAGAUGAGUGGUUUGCUGAGCCGCAUCAGAAUUUCCCACGAAAUCAACUCCAGUAUGUGAAAGAAAUUGGGAAGGGAUGGUUUGGCCACGUGUUGGAAGGGCGGGCAACUGGGAUCUACAGUGAUCAUACGAAAGGAGAUUCUCCUGUGUCGUCAUCCCUGAAUCCUAGUUCUCUUUCGCGAGGGCAGACCCCCGUGGCUGUGAAGGUCCUCAGAGAAGAUGCCACUCCCACUGAGCAAAUGUAUUUUCUACACGAGCUCCGCCCUUACCGGGACCUCACUCAUCCGAAUGUUUUGAAAGUCCUUGCUCAGUGUUUAGAGACAGAACCCUUUUUGAUAUUAUUGCAACUGUGUCCCAAGGGAGAUCUGAAGGCAGUGGUGCGGAAUGACAAGAAACUUACAGAUGCAGCUUUGUUACGCAUGAUACUGGAUGUGGCCUCAGGACUCCAGCACAUGCAUGCCAAUAACUUCAUUCACACGGAUCUUGCUGCAAGAAACUGCGUAGUUGAUGAGGAUUACACGGUCAAAAUUGGUGAUUAUGGGUACAACAUAGAUUUUUAUAAGGCUGAAUAUUAUUGUGCUGGAGAAGUUGCGUUACCUCUAAGAUGGUGCUCUCCGGAAACACUUAAAUGCACAGAUACAACUAUAGAAACAAAAGAGGUUACAAAGCCUGCUAAUGUGUGGAGCUUUGGAGUCAUAAUGUGGGAAAUUGCUAGUCGAGGAUUGAUGCCUUACACCAAUCUUGAUGAUGAUCGUGUCAUACAAGAUGUCAUUAUUGAUCAGUCAACCAUCCUGGAACCCCCAAAAGGCCUUGAAUUACAUGCUGAGAAAAUAUACAACAUCAUGAAACUGAGUUGGUCUCUUGUGUCGUCACGUCCGCCCAUAGAUCAUCUUACCUCAUUAUUGUCGCACCUUUGGGAAAACCAGUCUGUAACUUCCCAUGAUGCUACCUCAAUAAAUGACUUUGAAUUUAGAUGGAAUCAACUACAACAGCGCCAGUCUCAUAAUCACAGCAUCACUCAUGGGCCAAAUACAUUGGAUUUAAGGUUUGAGAGCGACUUCAAUUUAUCAGCUCCUUAUGGUGGUCACAUGAGUAGUGCAUUAUCUCCAAGCCUUCAGAACUUACAUGGCUCUGUUGAAGACUUAGAUGCAAAAAUGGCUGCCAAGUUUGGGUCAGCCAUGCCUUCAUGGCUGGGAAUGGAACCUGGUCAGCCAAUGGACAGUUUAACCAGGGAAAUAACUGAUGCCAUCUUGAAGUUGGAUGACUAUCUUGCGGGAGAGAAAAGCGAGCCGAGCACUGCAGUAACAUCGCCCGAAAAGGAUGGCGUUAAUUUCAAGUUGGGGAAAGAUUCUUUCGUUUCUCACCCACCAGAGUCAAAAUUGGUGCAUGCAUUGAGUGGGAGUGGCCACCCAAGUUUGACCAGAUCUUUGUCUGAGGGAGAUGAAGAAGGUUUCACUAUGAGACUUGAGCAGGGUGAAUUCACUGAAAUGGUGCGCUUGAAAAGUCAGAGUGUCCAAGAUUUUAUGAGGCUUACUGUGGUAGAUGAUGGAAGUGAUUCUGAUAAUGCUAGUCAGAGGAAUUCCCUAGCCUUUGAACCAGUCAACAAACCAUUAGCGUCAGAGAAGUCGUACUCGAGUGAAGGAAACAUUAGAGAAGCUCUGAGAGAUGUCAGGUUCAUGGGAGAUUUGGAAAGACUUCAGGCAGAACAUAAGUAUUCAAUAAUAACAGAAGCAAGUCGUGAGAAUCCAUCGUCAAUAGAAUUCAGAGCUCAAGAAUAUAACUUUGAUAAGCCAUUAAGCACUUCGGAUAUCCAAGGAGAUUUUCUAAAUGCUGGUUCAACAGACAAACUUGCAACUAGUGUAGAUUCUGAUAAUUCAAAUAUCUUCAGUGAUAAACAAAAUGGUGAACAGGAUCCUUUUUUAGGUGAAGUUAUCUCCUCUGCAUGUACAGAGGAGAGGAUCCCUAAUGCUUAUCCCAUUCCUGGUAAGGGAAGUGAAUCUUCUAGUGGUUCUGUUGACAACAACUCUGCAGUACCCAAAACUUUAUCAGCAUCUCCAGAUUUUGUGGUUUCAUCUCGAGAGAAGAAGCCCAUUGCUUUACCAGAUAUCGUUGUUCAUGAUUCAUCUGUCAAAUUGAGCACGCCUAGUCCACCUCCAGAAGAUAGCCCAGUGAAAGUUGUUAAUGCCAGUCAGCCAAAAGAAUUUCGAGUGGUGUUUGCAGAAAACAUUUCAGUUUGUGGUAGUAAUGUUAAUAAUGAAAAAGGGAGUGAGUCAGUAUCCUUUAGUGAAAACAUUAAAGAAAACAAGUUGCAAGCAUCAUUAAGUGAAACUGACAAAAACCAAGGGGCAGAUGAUAUGGGGAAGAAAAAUAAACAGAGUGGAGAUUUUGUAAAUAGUGUCAAAAGGGAGGAGCCUACUAGUAAAAAGGAAGAAAUAAUAAAAUUCUUAGACUUUGUUCAAGAAAAUCCAAGGCUUCAGUUGUCAAGCACACCAUUAAAACCUCCCUCAUUUGAGGUAGCUCCACAGGUAAUAGGAAAGGAUGAACAAAAGAUAAUAGAGGAGAUGAGUAGCAGUGAAGAAUCCAGCUUGGAAAAUUCAGACAACGAAGAGAGUGGGGAUUUUUCGAGUGGCGUAGUUGGAGUUGACCCAGAUAAUUCAGGAGUUAAGCAGAGACUGGUGUUUGGAUAUCAGAAUGAGAGAAGCCGUAAGGACAGUGGCAGUAGCAGUCAUAGUAGCGAUAGCAGUAGUGACAGCAGCAGUGACAUUGAAAGUUCUGAUGAGGAGGACUGUGAGAAUGAAAAUAAUAAUGUGGAAUCUGGAAAACCAGAAGCACCCAGCUAUAAGCCAGAGCAAGUUAUCAAAGGAGAGGAGGUUGUCAUUGGGGCCUUAGAAGAUUACUCACUUGAUUUAUUUAAGGCUGUGAAAUCCACCUCGCCAAAUUUGUCUGCCAGUCAUUCAAAUAAAAUUGAGUGUGAUAUAUUGCUGGAAUCUAGUAAAGAUGGAAUUAGUCAUGUAGACAAUAUAGAAUAUGAUCUCGAGAAAUGGGAUGAAUUUCUUGGAGACAGGUUGAAUCAAGAAAGAUGUGAAUCUGAUGUCAUUUUUAAAGAGAGUUCAGCUAGUAACUUUGAUAUCAAAAUGGAUGAUUCCAAUGACCUACUGGGUGAGACAUUCAAUAUGACUUCUACAGGUGCAAAACAAAGUGGAUUUGAUAGUCAAGUGCAGUUUGAAAAAACAGAAAAGUCCAUAUUUGACCUAAGUAGCACAUUUGAACAUAGCACAUGUGGUGAAAUUCAAAACAUAUUAAAAGAAAAUUGCAUAGAACAAGUUGCAGAUACAAGCAGGCCUACAGUUAAUACAGAUUUAUUUUUUGGUGAUUCUGAUUCGGCCAUAAGUAUCAGCGAAGGAAUUUCUAAAGAAAAUGGUAUGAAUGAGUCAUCUAAGCCCCUUCCUUCAAGUGAACUUUUAGGAGUUUCUAAUCAGGUACAGUCCAAGUCAAAUGAAUCAUUUUUUACAGUGAUAUCUCCUUCGGUAGUGACAGAGUUUGAAUCAUUUGAAACCUCAGAAUCAUUUCAGACUCCAGCUAUGAAAGUAGUUGAAUCUCAUAUAAUAUCAUCAGGUUCUGUUGUGCAAAUGUCUGAAAAAGAUAAAAUGAGUACCUCUCUUGAAUGUAGUGCUACAGAAAAAGGAAAAAAUAGUGAUAUUCUGGUUAAUGAGAGCUCUUGUGUUACUGACACUUUGGAUUCAUUUACUUACAAGAGAGAAAUGUCAGUUGACAACAGCUGUGAUAUCUUAGAGAGUAUUGACAUGGAUAAUAAGGCCCAGAGUGUUGUCAAAACUGAAGUCUGUCAAAGUCCAAAAGCAGAAUUUGUAAAAUCAGGUGAAGUCCCAGGCGAUUUGUCCAGUACAGGGGAAUCAGGUGCUGAUAAUAAAGAUGAGGUUGAUAGCGCAUCAUUUUCCAGAAAAGUCAAUGAAACCUUUGUAGUGUGUGAGGACAGCACUUCAUCAACAACACAAACUUUGGACAAGGAGGGUUUGGAACCUAAGGAAACUAAGGCUCCAGAUGUUGUAAAUCUCGAGAAUAUUGGAUCUGUUACCUCAACAGAAUCUGCACAGCUGAUCUUGAAAUCAUUUGGACCUGCUACCCAAACAAAUUUAAUUUUGAGGGAUGAUGAUGAUUUAUCCCCAAGUGCUUAUCAGGGAAAAUUCAAGGCUGGAGACUGGUCAUCCAGGGAAAGUCAGGACUCUGCCGUAGAACCUGAUGAAGCAGAAAAUGGGGAAUUCUGGCAACAGCAAAUGAUGGCUUGGCAGCAGGCAGCAUUUCAGACUCGUCAGCUCUUACAGCAAGCCACUUGCAGUGGGAGUGAUGCUACACUUGCAAGCUUGAAAAGUUCUAGGGAAGAUCUGGAAGCCAGUCCCACGAGUGAUACAUCAUCCUCCAAAAGCCCUUAUUCCUCUACAGAUAUGCUCAAUUUAGAUGAUGAAGGUACUUAUGUAUCUUACAACACUACAGAUGAUGAAGAAGUUCUAGGCUACAAGCCAGAGGACAUCAAUGCUUUGCGUGCUGAGCUAAGCUUGAAAUUAGGUGGCCUCCAAGAUGAAAGAGACCAACUAGAACCAAGUGAGCCUGAUGAUCCUUCAGCAGGGGAGAGAGAGAAUGUUGUUAUUAAUUACAGAGGCAUUGUCACAACAACAUUAUCCCCAAUCAAGGAGGAAAGUUUUCUAGAUGAAGAUGAUUCUCCAGUUAGGAAAGUGAGCAGAAGUAACAGCAGUUCUGGUUUUCCUAUGUCUGUAAGCUUGGAACUAGAGGAACCGUUGAAAAAUAUAUUGAGUCAUAGUGCAGAAAAGGGUAAUGAUACUUUUGUCAUCAAAGAAGAAGUAAGUUGUGAUACUGAUAACAAAGGGAUUAGUUUAAGUGAAUUUGCUUUUGCAGAAGAUUUAGAUGAGACUGAAGAUAAAGAAUCCGGUAAAGUGAACACUAGCCUCAUUUCUUCCUUUGACAUUGGACAGGAUGCAACAACUACCUCAGAAGUUAGUGUAGAUGAUAAAGAGGAACCUAAAAGCUUAGAGAAUACCCAUAAUAGUCUCAUUCUUGAAGAUUUAGAAAAUGAAAAUAGUCCCUCUUCAAUACAGGUUUACGAAGGUGACGACGUAGAUGCUGAUGAUGUUUUAGUCGUUGACACAAUCACUAAUGAAGCCACUAUCGUUGAAGGUGGGAUACCCAGGAGCCAUUUGGCAUUUAUAACAGAUAAGCAGCAGCCAGAUCCAUCAGAUGUUCAGCCAUUCCCCUAUGAUGAUUCAGAUGAUGUUGCACUAGAGUCGAUUCCUUCAGUUAGUAGCUCAAGAUUUGAUGAACUGAGGCACCAAGAGCAGCUUUCUAUCAACAAAGCAUCUUGGGAUAGUCAUCAUGCAGCGGAGGAACAAACCUAUAAUGGAGAUUCUGAUUCUAAACCUGGUGAGGGGUUAGUCAAUGGCUUUGUUACCUCUGAUGAAAAUAUAGAUGGAGGAAAGGAAAACAGUGAAAAUUAUGAAUCUCCUCAAGGAAUUCAGGUACCACAUUACCAUUCUUACUUUACUUCAGCUUUGACUACAAUAUCCCAUCCAAGUGCCAGUCUAGAGGAACCCCCAAUGUUUGAGCCUGUAGAACACAUCUCUCUCCCAUAUGAUGUGAAUUACCCAGCUGCAGGUGAGCAUUUGCAGAGCUUAGAUGAUGUUAGUGAAAAAGAGGAGGUUGAGGAAAACAAGCAGGUCAGUGAUGACGAGGAGGAUGAACUAGAAUCAGAGCGUCCUAUCAAGUUAAAUUUUUUAGGCCGAUUGUACUCUGGUGAUUCUGAAGAGGUGAAUGGAACACCUGCUAAAACGAGUAUUGGGGGGGAGCCACCAUUAACCUCGGAUUUGAAAGAAGGAACUAGCACUGCCAAAGUGAAUGAUGCUGAGGCAUCUGAUCUAAGUGACCUCAACAAGAUGACUUCAGCAGAAUUUUUGGCUUCAAAGAAAUAUCAGAUAAACGAAAAUGAAGACAUAGAGGAACAUAUAGUAGUAGAACCAGGUUACGAAGAGGAUUCAGAUGAUGGUGAUGAUGGCAUGGCAUUAACUCCUGGAAAGUUAAGCAACGUUCAGUUCCGCAUGAAUACCCGAGACCCUUGCUACACCCCGGAUUGGGAAAGUGACUCUGAGAGUGAUGAAGAGAGUUCGUCCACUAGCGGGGAAUUCAUGUGGAAGGAGGAUGAGGAAAAGCAUGAUGGGGAAGACCUUCAAGAAACAAAGCCUGGGGAAGAGUGUCAGCAGUCUAAUUACACCUUAGACGUGAUAGAGGAAGAGGUUGAAGAUGGAGACUACGAUGAUGGAUGCAGCGAUGAUUCUGAGAGCGGAGAGGAAGAAUUUACCCCUUCUAAAUGGAACAGGGAUCUAACCCCUUCCCACUCCCUUCUUAAGAGUCCUCAAAACAAAUCUAGCUCAAAGAAAAGUGUUAGAUGGAAACGUCAGCGCCAUCAUCGUGUAUACGAGUAUCCUCCUGAACCAAGGUCCUGGGAGCCCACACCAACUGAAUCCCAUCACCGUCGAUCAUGGGGACGGUCAUCUCUAGAUUACCUCAGCCUAGCAGAUUGGGAUUUGGGUGAUGACUUUGUAGCAGAUGAUAGUGGAGACAUGGAUGAUUAUGUUUACAGGAAACCUACCAGACCAGCACCACCACCACCUAUUUAUACCCUAGGGUCUAUAGCUUACGAUGAUACUACAGAAGGAUUUUUAGAAGAAAAUGGUGAGUUUUUCAUCCGAUCAUCUGGGUCACCCUUCACGUUUACAAGUUCCUCUUUUUCGGCGUCCGAUUUUUUCCCGGGAACCACAUACUAUAGUGAACAGGAUCACAGGGAUAUUUUGCCUGAUCCCAUUGCUGACGAAAUAGUGAGUGAAAUGGCAGAACCUCAUUUGAUACCAGACUCUUCUCAGUCAGGAGACAGUAGUAAUUUACACAUGAAUAAAUAUUUGGUUAUGGAUGAUGAAAUGGAACAGUCUUCUCCUACCAAUACUGGCUUGGGCCAGCUACGACACACUAGAGAUAAACUGCGUCUAGAGAUACCUACGAUUUCAGUAGCUAGUGAUGGUACCAAAGUCACAGGAGCAUUUACUCUUGGUAGUGAACAGAGUGAAUUUGGAAAUUAUGGUGGGCAAGAUAUUUCAUCCACAGUCAAACAAACGAGAAGUGAACCUGAAGUGAGUGAGGUUUGAAUGUCAUGUAGUUAGUGCAUUUUAUUGAUCAUCUGAGAAAAAGUGAAUACAGUUUAGUGGAUUGUGAAAGUUACUGCCUAGCAGUUCUUAAAAGUUCUCAGGACUUCGUAAGAAAUUGAUAGUUAAAUAAACAGGUUGUUUAGAUUAUCAGAAAGCCUGAUGUUUUCUAGAUAUGUGUAUGAGCAGUUUGUUGAUGAUUGCAAACAAUGAUUACUUAUUAGUACUGAAGUUGUGUGCCGAAUUGUCCAUGUGAUUUUCAAAGGAACUGUGUUAUUGUUCCAACUGCUGUUAGAAUGUGGAAGGCUCUAAUUGUGUAGCGUUUGUGACAACGCCCAUAUACAAAAGGAGCUGUGGAGAUCAAGCUGUGCCGCAAGUGAGAAACUUGAACUUUUGGGGUGUUCAUGUAUAUUUAGAUGAAUUAUUCUUCAUAUACAGUACUGUACUUUCAUACAUGGAGUAAAUGCACAGCACAAACACAUAGAGAAUUUUUUAGAAGACAUGUACUAAUUACACUUGCAUAUCAUUUAUAAAGAGAUAUGGAUUGUGAUAAAAUAUUUGUAGAUACAAUUUGUUUAGUAUUUAAAAAUUAUGCAAUAUACUGGUGAUAUGACUAGAAGUUUCCAUUGCUUCUAAAUUCAUGCACCACUCAUGCAAGGUUAUUUAUUUAAUUGUCUGAACCGUUCUUGCAUGGGGAUGCCUGAAUGUAGAGUGAUGAUGAUUUACAAAGUGCACAACCAGUGCCUCUAUCUCUCUUGAGUCAUGGGGAGAAAAACAAAGCUGCCGUCCACAAUUUGCCUCCGAAACAAAUAUCCUCUUCUGCAGUUAAGAUUAAUUGUAGUGAUUAGAAAUUCCAAGUUUUUAGACUAUUGAUAAAAUUGUUGAGUGUUACAAUGAGGGUAGUAUUUGUAUUAACUAUAUUUUUUCCUCUUAUUUUCAAAGUGUGACGUUUUCGAACUGAAUGCGCAAGGGGUACAAUCAUAAACUCUCAAGCAUUAUAAUAUAAUGCCAGUCCAGUGAUUUUUUUAAAAUAUUGUUAUAGACUGUUCAUAAUUGUUCCUCAAGAAGUCUGCAUAUUCAUGUGCUAUGUUGUUAUUGCAGGUUUUUAUGUAAUUGUAUGUCUUUUGAGCAUGGUUGUACAAAGCACUUUAAAAAAUAAUUAUUACUUUGGAUAUUUAUGUUUUUUUAAUUGAAAGUAACUGAAAAAGUACAUAUUGUCAAACACAGAAUUUUGUUGAUUGAACUUGCAGGAUAAUCAUUAAAUAAUUUCAUGCCAUCAGUUGUGUCUUGAAAGUUAUGUCUAUUAGUGUAAAAUCAAAGUUACUGUGUGUGGUAGCUAACAGCCAGGUAUUUAAAUUUACACUCCCUGUUGCCUGUUGAGAUUACAAACAAAAGGAGAGCUCCACAGCAUUAUCUUUCCUGAAGCAGCACAUGACCAAUGUAUUUAUCUUAAUGGAUAAACUUCCCCUGCAGAAACUGUGCCUGUUGAGUCUAUUGUUAUAUGCUGUUUAUUAAUAUCUUGUUCAAUAAGUUGUUGGGAAUGCAGAAAUUCCACAUUACCUCACAUUCUCUUGUAAGCAUUAAUUCAGGUGAUGUAUUGCAUUUGAUUAAAGUUUUAUUUAGGUAUCAAAAGUGUCAGCAAAGAACUUUCAAAAGACAAUUAUGAUAUCUGACUUUCAAAAAGCAUUAUGAAUCCAAGUUUUGUCGGAUACUACCUGGAAAAGAGGAAAGUCUUUGCAUGAUGUAGUAAAAGUGAUGUGAUAUAGAAAUACUGAAUGCUUGGAUUUCUUAUAGGGUAAGAAAGCUAAAAUGAAGGUAUAAUGUACUACCUGUAAUGUUUACAUAUCUAAAUCUUCAUGAAUUUAAAAGCAAGAAUCAAGUUAGUGGGAAAAUAAUGUUAUUACUCGAAAACACACAAAGUUUGUUCCUGUAUGUGUGAUAUUGGAAUUAAUUAAAAUGUUAAAAUUUUAUCUAACAUUAAAAUAGGUUUUGAUGUGUUGUGACAUUAUUUAAUCUCAGAUUUUUUGUGAGAAUGGGUUCAUUAGUUACAGCUACAGUAGAUGUUAUCAUUCAAGAAGUACUUCAUAAGAAGAAAUUACUGUAUCAGUGGCAUAGAUGGAAUAUUUGCUCGUAUUUUUGUUGACUUGUUUUCAUAAUUCAAAGACAGUACAUAAUUAUAGUAUUUGCAACUGUUCAUCUUCUCAUGGAUGGUCUCUGUUACAUUUAGAAGGUAUAAACAAGGUAGUAAUGAAUAUUCAUUCUUUUUAAGUACGUAUUUUCAAACAGAAUCAUGUUGGUCAUCAGUGCGAAUAAAAUGGCUGUGGAACAUAACAUGCCAACCGCAUAAGUCAUUAUCAAAUUGGAAUAUAUUGCAAAGUGCAGAAUACUCCCUACAUGCAUACUAGAUUAAAAUCUAAAACCAAAAGCCAUAAUUUUGAUAUAUUUUGAAUAAAAAAGCAUUUAUCUAAAAAAGUACACUUGAGAACCAGUAACAAGGUUUUGCAAAAUACCUGUUUUCACAAUAAUUCCAGAAAAUAGUGCAUUGAAGUAUGAAAUACAUAAGCCAAGCGUACAGAUUCACAGACCAUGACUCAACAGAAAUGGAAAAUUUGAAAUUAAAAAGAAAAAGAGAAUAAUGGGAACUAACAGUGAAUGAAGGCUGUGCUUCUAAUUAUGAUGUUGCAAGGAUAGUGAAUAGGACCGGAUAACUAUAGAUACUGGUACAGUGUUCUAAUACCAUGUAUAUUCACAUAAAAAAUGAAAUGUACUUGAAAAUAAACCAAAAAGAGCAAUAAGACAGUCACCAAGAGAGGACCCAUUUUUUGUUAAUAAAUUUUUUUACAUUAUUAACAUACACAUUGCUGAUUGUUCUUAUAACAGGUGUAGAACAUUAUGAUGAACAUGAGACUAGUGCCAUUUCUUUGUUGACUGAUUUGUUUUCGGAAGAAAAGUCACCAAACAGUGCAGUAUAUGAGUGAAGCCCAGAUUUUUUAGCAGAAAAUGUACCUUUUUUCAAAAUACAAAAGUUGCACCAAUGGAAACCUUUCUGCUUACCUGCUGUUAGAGACAUGGCUAUUUUAGACAAAACUGAGUCAGGCUCAUCUUCAGGAGUAGUGGCACUGGGGCCUGUAUUGGAUACAGCAAAACUUCCAGUAAGAUUUAUCUGAAGAAUUUUUUUAUAUAAUUUUUGAAGUCGUAAGAAUAAGUGAACCACUGGAAACACAACUAACCUACAACUAUUCCAUUCCAAAGUUUUUGCUUUCAUGCAUACACUUGGAAAGGGAACAGAUAGAAGCAACUUGCUGUUUGCUGAUUAUUAUUGUAAGGUAUUGCCAGACCACAGGGUCAGAUUUUUUUAUUUGUAUUGGCUAGUUCGUAGGAUUCAUUUACAAAUGAAGGGUAAAAAAGUUGAGUAUGGGGAAAAGUCAGAGUAAACAGAGAACUGGGUGGGGGACAGAAUGGAUGAAAAGUACUACUACUGUAGUUAAAAAAAGUGUUCCAGUUUGAGGUCAUGGGAUUGUGCUAAAAAGGAAUUAUUUAAAAUUCUUAAAUAAGUAGGGUCAUCAAGUAGAGAUUUCAAUUUUGAAAGUGAAAUAAAAUACAAUUUUUAUAAUGAAACACAACACAACCAGGGAGCCCUUGUGUGCAGCGCAGGGGACCAUAACAUUGCACUGAAAGAGGAGGGAUGUCUUGGGGCUUAAUGACACCAAUGAUUUUCCAUUGCACUUUAGUGCUGAUGAUAUUGCUGGCUCUGCCCUUGUAACAUUUUUUUAUGGAAGACCCAGCCUAGAUAGGGAGGCUAUCAUAGUGCCAAAAUAAAUUUUGUAAUACACUGAGUAGUAGCUGGGAUGUACCCCUAGUUUGGCAACAGGAAAUCCUUACUAUACAUAGCAUGCACCUCCAUGUUCUGGUCUAGCUGUAAAUUUUUUUUUUUUUUAGGUCAGGUCAGUAAUUUGUAAUGAUUUUGGUACAUUAAGAGAUGGCAUCUCAUACCUCAUACAUUACUUUUAUGUACCAUUAAGAUGAAAGAGAAAAUGACUUGUCAGAUACACAUAGCAAUUAAAUCUGUUACAUAGUCAUAUAAUAAUUUUUUUUAAUUACUGGUGCUUGUUACACAUUGCUCUUUUGGGGUAAUUUCAUGUUUACAUUUCUGCAUUCCACUGAUGUAUCUCAUGAAGUCAAUUGGCCAUUUAUUCAAAUGUUAGUAUUAUUCUUGAGCAAUUUUUAUUUAUUUUUGGUGUUUUGCAUAUACUAUAAUGUAAUUAGUUGUCAGCUAUAUGUAUACUCUUCCUUUAAUGAUAUUUCAAGAUUGGUGUUUUUGACCUGUCUUCCUGAUAUCCAUACACAUAUAAUUAGACUCCUUGCCUGUGGAGACAAGAAGGCCACAAUAUAGCAAAAAAAAUUCAUUAUAAUACCACAGCUGAUAAGUACAGAAGUCUGGUAAGUUGAGUCAGAAGCUGAGAUGUAUUGUUGUUUGAUAAUCUACAUAUGGCAUUACUGUAUUCUGUUAAUUGACAAUUUUAACAGUGGAAUUGUCAGUUGUUCUUCAGAAAGAGUAGUGUUGACUGGAAUUUAAGUAUUCCAGUAUUUUUACAUCUCCCCAAGUAAUUUCAUACAUUUCCAUGCUGCCACAGGUUAUAUAACCAUCACUAUGUACCCUGCAAGGUGGUUUGUGCACACACACAGUAAAAAUUAGUUUCCGUUCAUUCUCUACACAAACAAGGAAUCACUUGCUUGAGGGCCCAUUGAAAAUGAAGUGUUAAAGGUGGUAUAAGGAAAUGAUCUGUGAAUAUUUAUUGGUAAACAUGUAGAGAAAUGAGAUAGGAAAAGGUUCUUUUACAGACAUUUUUGUAGAUUAAUUUUUGUCAAAAACUUUGUGAAUUUUCAAGUAAUCCAAUUAUGUAACCAUUUGAGAUUUCAGUGUCAUGCAAAUUUCUUUCACAGAAAAUCAUAAUAUAAUUCCAUGAUGUCAGAUAGCUUUAGGAUAAUGUCUGAAGGGUGUUUGGGGAUGCUUUAAAUUCAUCAUCUCUCCAAACUUUGGGAGCAUUCUAAAGGAAUUACCACUAAACCUGUUAUAAAUAGAUGAUACAAAUUUUUGCCUAUUUUUCUUUAGUUUUCUAUGCAGUAAUGGUUAUAAAUGUAAGUAAAACAUGUACUAUAGUAAUUGGGGAAGAAAUACUGUACAUACUUUUUCAUGGUGCAACAAGAAUGUAUUAUUGUUACUUUUCUCAGCGUUUAUGGAAACAGAAGACGGUGAUCACUUUGAGUGUUUGUAUUCUGUACUUUUUUCAUUUUGGAGUGUACUACAAUAAAAAUAAAAUAAAAAUUAAUUUGCCUUCAAAGGAAGACCAGAUUGAGCAAGCAACAGGAAAACUAAAUUUACAUGAAAUGAUAAAAAUAUAUAAUAAUGUUAAGCUCAUAAUCAGGAGCUAGUGUGGAGUAUGUUAUCCUCAGAAAAUUCUGGACCUGCCCAGGAAUCUCAAAGGUUCAGGUAGGUGUUACUGCUGUAAGUGUACAAUACGUAUUGAAAGCAUUUUGCUAACUUAUUGCGUUAACCAGAUCAUAGUAAAAAAAAAAAAAAAUACUCAAUAACACAUCUAAAACUAUCUGUCACCGACUAAUGAGGGGAAGAAGAAUAUGUAUGUGUAUUGAAGUUUUGACCAAAUUGGGAAUUAGUUGUAAAUAGAAUACGUAAAUCAAAAUUAGUAUUGUCAUCUCCACUCUUAGAAUUAUUAAUUUAAUUAUCCUGCAGUUUAUGCUUGUACUUAAUAAAGAACAAUUAAUAACAUACACUAAGGUAAUGCAUUUCUGGACUGAAUGAAAGUUUGAAUGAAUACUAUAUUCAAAAACAAAUUCGUUUAAAUUUAGGUCUUUGCUCAGUGAAUCAUGUCUAGUUAGGAUAUAAUGAAAUUAUAUUUUUGUUGGCAAUUAUCAUUUUCCCAUUUUGCAUAUGUGAACUAAAAUUUAGUUAAACAAAUAUCAGUCUUUUGUAAAUAAUGCUUUGUAAUGCUUGAUAAGGACUAAUGUCAAUUUUUUAUAAAGUAUAGAUUUCUGUAAAGUUUUACAAACAUAAUUACAGAAUUUUGUAGCAAUGGCAUUAGGUUUGAGAACUCUUUAGCAUUACAUUGGCAAAUUUAGUUCCUAAUUUUUAACAUUAAAUUAGUUCUCAGCGCUGAUCCAUUUACGGGAAAAAGAAAUUAGCUUUUCGUUAUAAUUGGACAGUGGGUGGGAAGUUUAUUCAAGAGGUCUUUUACACCUCUGAGGCUUAAUCAUUAUUAUAUUGUUUAAAUCACUGUUGUAAAAAUUUGUGAAGAACAUUUUGUAUGUGAUAAUUGUUUGUGCAUUGUGUGUAUGUGUGUGGAAUAAAACUCUGCUGAUUGAAUGAGUUGACAGUUAUUUUUAAAGUUCAGUUAAUGCUUUCAAUGUCAUCAAGUAUUGGAAUAUAUUUAGUAUUGAGUUACUGAAAACCUUGGAUAUUAACGUAACAUUGCUGGUGAAAUCUUCACUUCUUUAUGUUUGUAAGGUGAGUAUAACCAAAAGGCUUACACUCUGUAGAUACAGUUAUGACUACAAUAAGCACCCACACAAUAUUAGCUUCAUUGUGCACAAAUCAGUGACAAAAGGUAACAGAUCCACUUCAGGUCAUAACCAUUGAUAAAUUAAAAGGCUUAGAAUGUGAAUGUUGUAAAUAGGUUAUUACGUAAUGGUUGCAGGAAUCACAGACUAUUUGCGGUAACUCAGGCAACUGAAUUUUACAGAUAUUGCUCAGGACAUAUAUUUAGUUGAACUGAAUAUUAGUUCCAUACAAAGAUCUCAUAAACUGCUGUUUUAAAUAUUAUUUAUGAAUUUUUAUUUUACUGUUGAGAUGUAUUUGAAUAUCACAAGUAAAAAAAAAAUCUUGUCCAUGCAACGUCUGCUUUAUUGAAAUUUGAUGAGAGGAAGCAUACACUGAACUUUGUACUAUUAAUAAUCAUGUAUGUAUGUGUAUGUUUGUGCAAUAAUGAAAUUAUAUAAGUAUCUUAAUUGCUAAGGUUGCCAAAGAAAAACAAGUGAAACUUAUUAUGCAUAGCAAAUUUGGUAAAUGAUGUGAGCACAAAUAAGUUGUCACAAAAAGUAUAUAUUAAGAAAAUACUCAAUUGUUCUUUAUCCCUAUUUUUUUCUGAUUUCCCUUAGAAUGAUUGAGUUUCCUUUAAUACAUUUUCUUGAUAAUCUAGUCCAUUAAAUAAAUCGGACAUGAUAAUUAUGAUGCUGGUCUAAGGGAUUUUUUUUUUACAAUAGAGGUUGCUUAUGAAAUAGGCAUAUCUUAUGUUUUCUUGUAUUUAGUAACUGUGCAAAUAAAAGUUUAUCAUUGCAUCCAUUAUAACUGAUUGACAUAUGUAGUGAGGACACUUGCAUAUAAUUCUCUGUACUGGUACUGUAUAUGAUUAGUAUUUAUUCGAAGGUGGUUGUGUAUAUUUAUUGCCUGUCUGUACAGUGAUCAGGUGUAAUUUUUCCAGAUUACAUUCACCAAAGUUUUUAA